AUGGUGAAGGAAUGGGUGUUAGUUGUCAAAGAAAUUCAAGGCAUAAAUGGUGCAAGGUCCAAGUUGGAGGAGUCCAACACUCAAGUGGGUGCUUCAAAGGUGCUUGGGAAGGUUAUUCAUCCAAGGGCACAAGUGAAGGGCAACAAGAGGAUGAUAGAGAAAUCAAGCAUCAUGAAAGGGAAAAACAUCAAUGUGGGGGAGAUGAUUGCGAACAAUAUUCAUAGGGUGCUGAAGAGCACCAAGGAUAGCACAAGACUUGCAUUCCCAAGCAUCAUCCAGAGGCUUUGUGAUGAGACUGGAGUGGAGAAGGUGAUUGAUGAGAUCUUGGUGGAGCAGGACAAACCAAUCACAGCCAAAAAGAUGGAAAAGGUGGUGGCCAUCAACCCACUGCAAAGAGCAAGGGAGCAUAGGGCUCAUCUCCGCCGCUUCUUCCUCACCAAGUCAAUUCUCUUUCUCAUUCGCUUCUUCAUCCUCCAACGCAGGAGGAAGCGGCGGCGCCACUACUACCACACCCUCCUUCGACUUUGGCUCUACACCUUCCUCCUCCGUAGCCUCUGCGCCGUCAUUUUCCUUCGGUUUUGGGUCCGCGCCGACCGCAUCUCGCUUGGCUUCUGCUCCAGCUCCGUCUCUGUUCAGCUCUGCUUCUUCAGCUUCCACUACGGCAGCUUCGAGUUCCGGUUCUUCCAUUUUCGGUGCCGCGAGUUCAGGCUCCUCCUUGUUCUCCACACCGUCUUUUGGUGGAACUUCCUCUGCCACGACGCCGUUUGGGGCAAAACCCUCUGCUGCGAUGAUACCGUUUGGCGGAGCAUCUUCUGCUUGACCCUCGCUAUUUGGUGGAGCAUCUUCGCUAUUUGGCCUUCUGUCACACCAUCAAGCAACUUCACCGAUGCUCUCCCUUUGGUGAAGGACUGCUCUGAGAAUAACAAGAGGCUUAUUCACUUCUUUACUUGUGAAGUUGCAUUUAUUCUGCCCUGCAGAGGGUACAAGUGGAUGACUUUUGGAGAAACAGGUACUGCACGGUCAGCUAUAGGCUCUAGUCUGAUUUAUUAUGGAAUUCCAAAGGGAGCUUGCAUUGGCAUAUACUUUAUUAAUAGACCGGAGUGGCUCAUUGUUGACCAUGCUUGCGCUGCAUAUUUAUACAUAUCAAUGCCUUUAUAUGAUACUCUUGGUCCUGAUGCUGUCAGGUAUAUUGUUAAUCAUGCUGCUGUGCAAUAAUAUUUUAUGUCUCAAACAUUAAAUUCGGGAAGCAGUAAUCUUCAGCCCUUUAGCCCACCAAAACCUGAUGAUGUUACAACUAUUUGCUAUACAAGUGGUACAACUGGAACCCCAAAGGGGGCUGUCUUGACCCAUGCAAACUUCAUUGCAAAUGUUGCUGGGACCACUAUGGAUGAAAAAUUUGGCCCUUCUGAUGUUUAUAUAUCAUAUCUCCCUUUAGCACACAUUUAUGAGCGGAC